GGAAGUGAAUAAUCUGAACCUGGACAACCUCUUGUUCGAAAAAUGAGGUUCUUACCCCGAUGGUGCGUGAAAACCUCCUCCGUCAGUCCCUCACCCAACACCAGCAGGAGCUCCCUCGAGAACGGCGGGAUCUUCGACAGCAGCACGGACAUCGAGUCGUUGGGCCUGGGUCGAAUCGACAAGAAGCUGCGGCCGUCGAAGGGAGCGAGAACACACCUCACGAACGCCCUGGCAACGGUCGUGGUCAUCGUAGCGGUGGGCGGGGGCUGGUACCUCUCCCGCGACUACCUCCGUCAGGUACUCCUGUGGGUGGCGGUGCAGGAGGCGUGGGCGGUCGUGCUCGUCUUCCUGGGACUCUUCACCGCCGUUCAUGUGGGGCUACAUCCUCGUGAACAUCUCCGCCGGGUACAUGUUCGGGACGUGGCGAGGGCUGGCCGUCGUCGUCUCCACCGCCACCGUCGCAGUUUUCCUCGUGCACACGCUGCUCCGCUGCUGCCUCAGGGAGUUCCUCCAGCGACGGGUGAUGACUUCGAGAGUCUUGCGCGCCCUUCUGUCUGUGUUGGGCGGGAGUCAGGCCUUCAAAGUCAUCGCCAUCACACGCCUCACGCCCAUCCCCUUCGGGCUGCAGAAUGCGGUGUUUGCUGUGUCCCGCGUUUCGACUUGGCUGUACCUUUUCGCAACAGUACUCGGCUUGUUACCAACCCAGAUCUUGAAUUGCUAUCUGGGGACGACUGUGAGGAGCUUGGACGAGGUGGUUUCUGAUUCUUCUUCUGCCACUGCUACAGGAUGGAUUGUAUUCGCGGCGCAGAUCAUCAUCAGCAUCUGCCUCACGCUGUGGGUCGUGCGUCGUGCCAAGGCGGAACUCCACAGCACGAUGGCGUUACAGCUUUCGGACACCGUCUCGGCCACGGCUUCCGCGAGCCUCCCCUGCACGCCCAAACGAGUUCCCGACACGUCCAGUUACCGCAGGGCAUCCCACGCCGACGUCGCCACCAUCACAACUCCGGGCGUCCUCGAGAACCACGUGUACAAGGGCGGCGUCCCCGGCAGGAAGAACCGCAGCUCAAGUCUCUUCCUCGAGCUUCUUCCCAAUAAUUUGAAGCAUAUGGGUCUGACCUACGGCGUCGAGGAGGAGGAGAGCAGGACCCAUCACAAGGGGGACUCCAUCAAGGGGAAACCUGGAGGCUCCCCAACCACGUGCUCCACAUCCUCGUCCUUCGUUCCACACAGCUCCACUUCUUCCGCCUCCCGCCGUUCUUCCACGGACGAUGACUUUAUCCUCGUCUCCGCUCCUGACCAUCCUGCGUGAGACGAGCAUCCUCAGGAGGUCACUUCGGGAGUCAAAAGAGGUCCUGGGAGCUGGUGCCAGGCGAGCAGACGUUGGUCGGAAGGACACGCGGGUACGAUUACCUUUCGUAGCGGUGCAGUGUGAUGGAAAGAUUGUCCACUAGAUGGCAUUGGAUUCUGUGGUCUUACUGCGAGUGGUUUAUUUAGUUAUGGCUACUGGUUUAGAGACAUUUUAUAGCUUUACUGGAAAAAAAAAUAUUCGUUUUCUACCCACUCCUGUGUUAAGCCGUUGCUUCAACCUAACUCAACACGUGCAUGUAGUAUUUUCUCAACAAUUUUGAAUUUCUUGUUUUCAGUAGCUUUAUUCUAUAGACCAGGGUUCGUUCGUCGUCCUAUUGGAUAAGACUGCUUCUUGCCUUUCUGAUGUUAUUAUUAUUAGCUAUCUUGUUCAUUUUCUCUGUAUCGCUACCUUCCCUUCUUCUUCGUAACAUAUUUAUUCCAAAAUAAUAGUCAAUAUGUCUAAAAAGGUUCUCCUAAUUUAUCCAUAAAGGCAUUAUCCUUGUCACGUAGCUUAUAAUACUCUCUCCCCUAGGAUAUCGUACUCUAACUAAAGUUAAUAUCCAACAGCUUCCACAUCCUUAUGUGAUAUCAUCCAUGUUAUGCUUUAUCAUCACCCCUUCAAACCACUGUUCACGUCUCUCUUUCAACUCGUAACAAGCUAUUCUCUUGUUAUCUAAACAACACUUAAAAUGUACAUUCUUCUGCACAAGUUAACAGAACCCUUCUCUUCACAAUCAAGUUUCCUCGAACCUUGUUGAUUUACAUGCAGACCGCUUCCAAGUAUUAAUCUAAGGUUUUCUAAUUCCUACAACAAGUGCCCUUAAUAAUACUGUAUAGUGUAUUUCAACCUCGCACUUUCCCCAACUCUUUCACACUGUAUCUACCUAAACCCUUCUAAGCCAGGAUUGUUCUGAUGCACACGCAAUGACAAUAUGCUACGUUGCGAUUGUCACAAUAUCAGCCCUGGCAUAUCCAAACAAACACAAUACACAAAAUGGGAGUUUUUAAGGCAUUGUAUCAGCACAGUAGAGUAUUUUGGCAUAUAUAUAAGCCAUAUCAUUGUAUGCCCAAGGUCUAUAAGUACAGACCUUGGUGAUGGCAGACCUAAAAAGUACAGAGAGAAAUCUAACAUUCGGAGUAACAUUUACCACACACUGACUCCCUCUUUCCGUCCACAUUUACAAAAAACAGCCUCAACACCUCUCCCCUGUCUCUCAUCACACACUGGCAUACCUUGCUUUUAUUUCAGCGUCUUAAAAAAACGGCAAAAGAUUCAGAAAGUCUUGAGAACUGAAUGAGUUUGUGGAUUAAACAUCCCAGAUGUUUUUAAGGAUAUUAACGUGAAGAUCAUUCUGUGUUUUUUUAGCCCGCUGUAAGGAAACUGGAACAGGCUUAUAGUGAUCGUAAUGUAUUGGGUCCUCCCAUAGUACCACGCUCACUCUAUUGCUGUGAAGAACAUUUGAUCACUUCAUAUGUAUGAACCAAUUGCAUAAACUGACUUUUUCAUAAGAAAAUUUAUCUGGUACAAUUUAUCGGAUAUGACAGUGAUGAUAAUCAUGAACAAUCGCGUUAUUUUGUGAAAGUGAAAUUGGAAAUGAGAUGUAAAUGUGUAUAUUUGUGUGCUAGUGCAUUCGAAUGUGAGAACAAAGGCCAUCAUAGAAAAAAAAACCUGCGUCUCUUUCAUCCAUGAUUAAAUAUACUGUGAUUUUUGAGUGCCCAUGACAUUUCUCCAGUAUGGGAAUAAAUCAUCAGUAAUUCUGAACUGCAUAUUGUUCCCAUGAAAUCUUCCAGUAUCUUACAGAUCUUUGUACUGAAAACUACCGUGGAAACACAAUACGGUGUCUGUAUGUUGUUUGAAACAAUAGAUUUUGCAUUUGAAAUUCAGUACAAAUGAAUUCAUCAAUAUUUCUGCCGCAAGAAGUGAACUGAAAGUGUUUUUGUUUGUAAGCAUUGCAUUAUUCUUCCAUAGAAAAAAAAAUCAUGCUGAUUAGCUCAAGUAGAAUAUUGAGAUUAGGCUUAUUUAGACGAACAAGUAAAGCAAACAACGGAGUAAAAUUAUAUAAAUUAUUAAGCUGUUAACCCAACCAUAUGUUUUAUAUACACAGUGUUUCUUAUAUUCUAGUGCUAUGUAUGAAUAUAGUAACUUAAAAUUUGUAAUAAAUAGAUAUCUAUUGGUGAGUAUAUGAAGCAUACAUAUAUAACGCACAAUCCUCUCGCAAUUAUAAGUGAGUGAAUAAACAAUGCUUUGAAUACGAGAUGGAAGCAAUUCAAAAUAUUUAUGUAAAAAAAAUCAGACUCAAAGUAACUUAAUUUUUUAUACAUCAAACAUUUCGUAUAUGAUGAAUUGAUCGCAACCUGGUGCAAUGUUUUUUUUCUGGUCAUAAAGGAUGUGUGUUAACAUUGAUUUAGGCAUCACAAGUAGUGCCUUUUUGUAAGACUUGUGUACAUUAAUCACAAGUAUUUGUUGUGUCUGUUCUGUAUGUUGGUUGUGCCGAAAGAAGCAACCUGAUUCUGUGAAAUAAUACAAAGGUAUUACAACAUCCAGUGACCGUAAAUGGUUGCAACCCAAGCACAACCAUAGAUAGAUAAUCAACAGUUAUCAAUCAGGGAGUAUGUUGGCUGUUGGAUAAUUGUGUCAUGCGCAUCAUUCACGUAGAAUUAUCACUCAUAGUAACCCAUGUGUCGCAUCUAAUCCACACCUCAAUAUUAUUUGCUACGUAUGUGUUUGCGUAUAUAUAAUUUGUCAUUACAUGUCAUUCAUGUAAGCGUGUAUCAACUUAGAGGUUAACUAAAGUGUGUGAUAAGCCUACUGUGUUAUAAAUGGCAAUCGGUAAGUGUGAAAAUACGGGAGGGUCCUUCAGAUGCCAAAGGCCCCUUUGAUUGGUAAUUC